AUGGUAAAGCUUGCAACAGAAUUGAUCCAUGCAGAUGAUCAUAAGAAUAGGGUCCCUGAUAUCAUGACACCGAUCAAUGUCUCCACGACAUUUAGGUAUAGUGAAGACCCUAAUCAACUUCAGGCCAUUGGUGAUCUUCCAGGUGGGUGGUAUCCAGAAGGAGAGUACAUUUAUUCUAGAUUAACACAUCCAAAUGCUGAGAGAGUUGAGGCAGUUUUCGAUAAGAUCCUUGGUGCAGAAACUGUUGUCUAUUCAUCGGGAUUAGGUGCUUUCUACGCAUUAAUGACACACUUCAACCCAAAGCAAGUUGCAUUCGGUCAAUGUUAUCAUGGUGUUCAUGCAAUUCUAGAUAUACAUACCAGAAAUCAUGGACUGAAGCAAUUGUCGCUCAAGGAUGAAGAUUUGGAAAAUUUAGGACCUGGUGAUAUUGUUCACAUUGAAACCCCAGUUAACCCCUUUGGAACAUCUUCAGAUCUGAAAUAUUUUGCUGAAAAGGCACACGCUAAAGGUGCCAUUUUGGUUGUUGACUCAACAUUUGCCCCUCCACCUUUACAAGAUCCCUUCAAGUUUGGAGCUGAUGUUGUUAUGCAUUCUGCCACCAAAUACUUUGGUGGUCAUUCCGAUCUUUUAGCUGGUGUUCUUGCAGUUAAAACCAAAGACAUCAAAAAGAAAUUGAUUGACGAUAGAGUUUAUUUGGGUACCAACAUUGGAAAUUUGGAAAGUUAUUUGCUUUUAAGAUCUCUUAGAUCUUAUGAUUUGAGAAUCAAAAAGCAAUCAGAUAAUGUUUUUAAGGUUGUUAGUUACUUGAAUGAACAUAAGGAAGAGUUUAAAGCAUUGAAAAAGAUUUACCAUUCAUCUUUACAAACAGAACCAUUCGUCAAAGAGCAGCUUCCAAAUGGAUAUGGGCCGGUCUUUGUUAUUAUUGUUGAUUCCGAGGAAACAGGUAAAACACUUCCAUCUAGACUGAAAUACUUUCACCAUGCCACUUCGUUAGGUGGUGUUGAGUCUCUGAUUGAGUGGAGGGCUGUCACCGAUCCGUACGUCGAAAGAAACUUGUUAAGGGUUUCCAUUGGUACUGAGGAUCCUAACGAUUUGAUUGAAGACUUCAAGCAGGCUUUGUUGUCUUUUGAAUAG